UAUGCGCUUAGCCAGCGGGCAUUAUGCUAGUCGACACAUAGCACGCGAUAGAUCAUGCAUGCCUGUGCAUGCGGGGUGGGGAGUUGCAUGUCAGUGAGUGUCACGACGUGCGCCUUGACGUGCGCCACGGUGUGCUGGCGUCGGCCAUGGACACGGCAGCAGCAGCGGCGGCGCCAGCGGCGCAAGCAUGCCAGCCAGCACAGCCGCUGCCCAUGAUGCCGCUGGAUAUCCAGCCAGCGGCCUACCAGAUUGGCUGCCGCAUCCGCGGUCGGAAGGGCGGCGCCGCCACCUUCGAGCCCCACGCCGAGGCGGUGGCCGCGGGGUGCGGGAAGGGCGGCGCCGCCACCUUCGAGCGCGGGAAGGGGAGUUUCGACCCAGCCCACGCCGAGGCGGUGGCCGCGGGCCGUAAGAAGUGUGUGCGUGCCAUGAACAAGGCACUGGGCAGGGCACACGGCAAGCCACUGGGCAGCUGCGCGGGGUGCGGGGUGGAGCAGGUGGAGGCUCCGGCGGAGAUGCGUUGGGGGUCCAACGGCCUGCCGCUAUGCCGCCGCCACUACGUCCGCUGGCACCAGUGGAAGCGGCGCGGCAAGGACGCCAAGCUGGCGGACGGCCUGGCCAAGGCCUGGGCCCUGGCCAAGGCCUGGGCCCUGCACCCUGCCAGCGACAGCGACAGCGACGUGGAGAUUGUGGACAGCGACAGCGACGUGGAGAUUGUGGACGACAAGUAGCGUGCUGAGGGCGGGCGGUAGGGGCUGCCAGUCAUCGACAGCUCAGCCAUGGGGCUAUACUACCCAUACGGUAUCCAGGUACGCCACAUCAUAGCACUACCAUACAUUUGGUUGGGGCUCGGUAGGCUUGUCCUGGCCUGCCUGUCAGCUAGCAACAGCAGGGCGAUGAGGGCGUGUACGAGUGCGGGUUAGCCCAUGCUCGCGGGGCCACGGGAGGCGAGGGAAUUCCAAUGCUUCUGCCACGAAUAGUAAUAAGCUUAAUCGGGGUCUUGUAACUUUACAACGACUUGCGCGCCUUGGGCUCACGCUCGGCCUUCACUCAUCAAGUUGACGCCGUAAAUGUAUAUGCGGCUCUAAGGUGGCCUAAUAAGAAACAACUUAUUGCGACCUUCAAUUUUCUGCAUACGGCAGAGGCGGCUUUGGCGAUGCCAUAACCUCGCGCCAACGUUCUAGACACAACACGUUACACAGCUCUUAGAACAGGUUGUAGAUAUGAGUGGCCAUGGGCGUGGCCGGAGUCGCGGUGGGAGAGGAGGGGGAGGCGGCUUCAGCGGCGGGCGGACCAGCAGCGGCGGGCGGGGCCCCCGCUUGCCUUUCGCGCUGAUGACGGAGUUGGGCGGAAGCGACAGCGGCAAUGGCGGCUUUGGACGGGGUACAUCACGUGGGCGUGGCAGCAGCCCGUGGCGGGGGCGUGGCGAGGGCCGGGAUGGCGGGCGUGGAGCUAGAGGCGGCCGCGUCACGAAGGAUGGCGGCAGAGGUGCUUUCGCAAGGCCC